AAUUGCAGCACCAUAUUCCUUAGUAUUGGUCAAAGCAUUUACCCUUCUUGAGUCCAAGUGGGAAAAACUAUGUCAUGAUCUUGAACGUGGUUUCCCAAGUCAUGAAAUCUCAGAUGUUGCAAUGAGGGAAGCUGUAACAGAAACACUUGGAGGGCCUCAACCUGAAUUGUCAAACAGAAUAAGCAAAUUUGUGGAAGAUAAUGGCAAUGAUUGGAGUGGAAUUGCACAUAGAUUGUGGCAAAACGUUCGAUAUAUAAAGUGUGUUAGCACUGGAAUCAUGAAGCAAUAUUAUCCAAAGGUAAAGUAUUAUGCAGGAGAAGUACCUGUUGUAGGAGGGGAUUACUUUGCUUCUGAGUGUAGUGUUGGUUUGAACUUAGACAUAAUGCAACCCCCUGAGACUACAAGAUAUGUGUUGUUUCCAAAUACUGCUUACUUUGAGUUUCUUCCAUUUAACAUGAAUGAUGAAACCAAUAACAAUGUUGCUGACGAAAUGUUUGAUCAUAGCAGUGUAGAGGUUAGGAAGAUGUAUGAAAUAGUUGUUACUACUUAUGGCGGAUUCUAUCGCUAUCGUUUAGGUGAUGUAGUGCGAAUUCUUGGCUUCUAUAAUUCUUCUCCAGAAGUGGAGUUUGUGAUGAGAGCACCUAAAGCUGCAUCUGAGAUUCUAACUGAGAGAGACUUGAUUUCAGCAAUUGAUAACUUUCAACUUUCACUAAGAGGUGCCAUGAUGAGAACACAGAUAGUUGAGUUUGCAAGUUUCUUAGACCAAGAAUCAAGGCCGAAGCAGUUGAAGGUGUUCGUAGAAGUUCAAGAGGAAUCUGAUUUCAUGGAGGAUAAACAAGAGGAAUCAAUUAGGACAUUGAGAAGUUGUAUUACCUCACUUGAAGGUAGCUUGGGAGCCUUGUACAAAGUGGAGAAGGUUAAAGGUCAACUUGGGAACUAAAUGGUAUUCAUUCUAAGGCCUGGAGCAUUUGAUAAGUUAUAUGAAGCAGCCAUUAGAAAUGGAACACCAGCUAGUCAAUAUAAACCACCCAAGAU